UCUGCCCGCCCUGCCUCACACUGCUGACGCCUCCUGCCCCACACAGUUGACGCCUCUUGCCUCACAUUUCUGAAGGCUCCUGCCUCACACUGCUAACAGUUCCUGCCUCACACUUCUGACGGCUCCUACCUCACACUGAUGAAGGCUCCUGCCUCACCCUGCUGACGCCUCCUGACUCACACCGGUGACGGUUCCUGACUCAUACGUCAACUCUGCUCUCUUUAACACUCAGCUCCUAAGCCUCCUUUAAGGGUGACCAUGACGAUGAAGGGAGUGUACAGCGCCUUCCUGGUGGGUCUGGUGCUCUCCCAGGGUCUGGCCCUGCCCCAGCUCCCUCCACCACAUGCCUCUUCCCACGACGUCACCAAGCUGCCACCAGAAGCCCUGGCCGUCGACGUCUUCGCGCGACAAACAAGGAAGCACGCCCGCCCCAUGUUCUACAUCAACUGUGGCUACCGUGACCUUUGCUACUGCUACAGUAAGAUCACCCGCCAUCACUACUGCUGCUCCUGCGACGUGGGCGCCUGCUUCCCCGCCCACGCCCGCGUCACUACGCCCACAGGCUCCACUACUACCAUGGAGCGUCUCAAGACUGGUGACCAGGUGCUGGCAGUUGAUGAAUCUGGAAACAUUGUAUCGACCGCCAUCCUUGGCUUUAUGGAUCGUCGGUCCCAGGAAAAUGCUCUCUAUGUGACACUCCAUACUUCGAUUGGUCAAAACCUAACUCUUUCACCCAAUCACGUCCUCUUCAAGAGUGUCUCAAAUUCAAGUCAACCAAUCAGUGUCUUCGGGUCGGAUAUCAAUAUUGGUGAUGUCAUAUUUUCCGCCAAUCAGACUGGGCUCCACCGAACUGAGAUUGUUGCUAUUGAUCACGAAAUCUCACAAGGAGCGUACGUGCCGCUGACGAUGGAAGGAACUUUAGUGGUGGAGGGAACGCUGGUUUCCUGCUAUGCCUCUUACAAGCACAGUCUGGCUCACAGAUUCCUGGCGCCCGCACGCAUCUUCCCCAUGCUGUUGUAUCUCAGACCCGGGAUCACCUCCACCAUGAUUUCUUUGGUAAAAGACCUGACAGCCAGUACACUCAAAAAGUGGGUUGCAAUCCUGCAUGAGGUCGCAGGAAGCGCGAUGUAUCUGGCAGGAGGCUGCAGGUCUCCGGAAAUGCAUGAGAAGGGCCACGGGACAGAACCAGAGGAAAACUUUGAAGGCAUCUUUCCAGGAAAUGGUGGCGUGGCUGAUGGAGAAGGAGAAGGUGAAGCCUACUUUAUCAGCCUGGUGAAGCUGGUGGGUUGGCUACUAUACAAAAAGGAGCGGGCCGUCCCCCAAGUGUUACAGGUCAUGGCUGUACCCGAGGAGGGGCUACUACUGGGGCUCAGGCUUCCCCAGUUCAUUCCACAAAUGACCUCCACUAUACUGGGGCUCUUGAGCAGGUCAUGGUAACUCUGCCCUUGCUCCCCACCUCCCGAAGCUUAUACUAAACAUAGAUGGCUCCAAUGGACGGGACCUGACUAAUAAAAUUAAGGUUGGGAGCCAUUUUCUGGGAGCAGUAACAGAAUAUGCACAGUAAUAAUUUAUUGCUGAAAGGUUCUCGAUCUGUUAUUGUAACUCUUAGACAUUAGGAUGGUAAUUAUGUAUGAGGUUUCACAUGAGGUGACCUAAAUUUAUUAACCAAUGCACGUCACUAAAUUAA